GACAGCAGUCCAGGAAUUCGAAUUGAAGAAGGAAGUUAUAGCAAAAAAACAGCUACAGAAAAAGCUAGUAUUAGGCCUGAAAGUGCCCAAGGAACAGGGACGAAAAUUCCAGAAGCGACUGACCAAAAGACUGAGUCCACUCUUCCCCAGGAAGGUAUCCUGACCGUUGCGGAUGUCGGAGUUGUCGAUGCAGUCGAGAAGCACAGUUCUGAAGAAUCAAUUCCCGAUUUGGUUGGUGAUAGCGACGACGACGACGACGAUACGCCUGUC